AUGUGGUUCCAAAUCGCUGUGGCAUGCGUCGCCAUAUUGGGCGCUUCGGCCCACGAGGCUGUCUCCAGCGUGUCCCGCGUUGACGGGCACGGUCACCACGGUGGCUACGCCAUCCACCACGGCCACCAUGGCUACCACGGCCACCACGGCCACUGGGGCAGCCUGGGCUACCUGGGCCACCACGGACACGGCUACUACGGCAACUACGGCCACGGCUACGCCGGCUACCCGUACGGCCACCACGGCUACGCCCACCACGGCUACAACCACCACGGCUACGGACACCACGAUGGACACCACGGUGGACACUACGAACACGCAUGGCACUACCCAGCGUACAAGUUCGCGUACGCCGUGAACGACCACCACACCGGCGACAUCAAGGAGCAGCAGGAGGAGCGACACGGAGACGUCGUGAAGGGCCACUACUCGCUGGUCGAGCCCGAUGGCAACGUGCGCUCUGUACACUACGAGGCUGACGACCACCGCGGGUAA